CUUCCCUCGUGCUCCAAGUCUUCAACCCCUGUUCGCUGUCACCGAUCGCGGCUGCUUCCUCGAGCUCGGCGUCCGUCGUCUUUGUCUGCUCAGCCGCGCUUCCGUCGCCGCUUGUUUGCCGUUCACGUUCGCGUCUUCGUUCAGCUGUCGUCUUCGUUCGCGUUCUUCGCCGUUCGCGUUCGCUCGGCGUUCACCGUUCGCGUUCACUCGCUGUUCACCGUUCGAGUUCGCAUUCGUCUGGAAGCCACGUUGCUCUACUUCAAACUCUGCGAUCAACCCGCGCGCUCCACCCAGCCGUCGAACUGCUCUCUUUUGUCGCCGUCUUUUCAGAACCUUGGUCUACCGACCAAAGGCCUCCUUCAAGUGACACUAUUUCACCAAAUGUGGAGCCACCUGCCGUUCUCACUCAAAACAUGUCAUUUUCAUCUCUCUUUCCGUCGCUUCCUCACUCGCUCUAUCCACGAGAACAUUUAUGACCCGCCAUUUUCACCCUCCAGGAAGCCACAUCAUAAAGUAAAUGAGAAAAACAAGAAGAAAAAGAAAACAAAGAACAUCAAUGAUCCUGAUAAAAUCGCAGCCCCGAAACUUCCCCUAAAAUCAGAGCUUCCAUUUGAUUUCAGAUACUCUUACUCAGAAACCAACUCUUCCGUGACACCCAUCAGCUUCCGCGAAUCACCGAAGUUCUCUCCGUUUGGACCUGGCCGGCUUGACCGGAAAUGGACUGGGACGUGCGCACCAGUUCAGGAGGAAGUGAACCGGACGAGGCUAGAAGAGGAGCGGAAUCGGGUCCUUGGAGAACCGCUCACGGAGGAUGAGGUGGCGGAGCUCGUGGAACGAUACCGUCACAGUGACUGUGCAAGGCAAAUCAAUUUGGGGAAGGGAGGAGUCACACACAACAUGCUGGAUGACAUCCAUAAUCACUGGAAGAAAGCUGAAGCUGUCAGAAUCAAGUGCUUGGGUGUGCCAACUCUUGACAUGGAUAAAAUUUGUUUCCACCUCGAGGACAAGUCUGGUGGAAAAGUCAUCUACCGAAACAUCAAUAUUUUGUUGUUGUAUAGAGGUCGAAAUUAUGAUCCCAAGAACCACCCUGUUAUUCCUCUCAUGCUGUGGAAGCCCUAUGCACCAAUAUAUCCAAGGCUUGUGAUGAGUGUCAUUGAGGGUUUGACGUAUGAAAGAACGAAGGAAAUGAGAAAGAAGGGGUUGGACUUAGACCCCCUGAUGAAACUCACUAGAAAUGGUGUAUAUGUGAAUGUAGUGGAGAGAGUGAGAGAAGCUUUCAAGACUCAGGAGGUUGUGAGACUGGACUGCAGACAUGUUGGAAUGAGUGACUGCAAAAAGAUUGGAGUUAAGCUACGGGAUUUGGUGCCGUGUGUCCCAAUCUUGUUCAAGGAUGAACAGAUAAUCCUCUGGAGAGGAAAAACAGACCAAGAACCUGCUUUUCAGGACCACGAUGUAGUGUCUGCAGUGUAAUCUGUAAAUAUUGACAGGAUUAUAAGCUGUAGCCAUUUUUACUCUAUGGAGACACCCAUGUUCGGGGCAACAUGGCAAAAGUUGAAAACGGUGCUCUCAUGAAGAAAGGAAUACAAAUGAACGGAUAGACUUUAUAAUUUAUGCAUUGAUCUACUAUGAAACUAGCAAAAUGUAGUGGGAUGGGUUUUGUUUUUUCGGCAAUUAGUUGUCAUGUACAUGCUUUGUUGAUGUAUUAUAUGUACUCAUUCUUAUCUUGUAAACUGAGUCAACACACAUUAGUUCCCCGGGUUUUCAAGAGUGUUGAAUAAUAAGUCAGCCUAUGUUUGGCUCAAUUUAUGUAGUAUGAAUGCAUAUAAUUUUCUUCACAAUUUAGGAUAAUGUCCGGCAAAAUGCUUUGAAUGCUUAUUGUCACGGAAGAAAGAUUUUCCAUUU